AUGAGGCCAGCAAGCAACUCGACGGCAGCGGCUACAGGAGCGGUGUUCCGGCACUGGAACUCUCCCAUUCCAUACCUGUUCGGUGGAAUAGCGGCGAUGCUAGGACUCAUUGCGAUAGCGUUAGUCAUUCUUGCUUGUUCAUGGAAGGAAUCGUCCACGCAUGGCGAUGAAGCUGAAGAAAAGCCAUCCAAGCAAGGGGUGGCCGCCAUGCAACUUGAAAUGGAGCCCAAAAUUGUUGUGAUCAUGGCCGGUGACGAAAACCCUACGUACAUCGCCAACCCAAUUCGCCAUGUUGAACAACAAGCUUGA